AUGACACAUAUACAGCAAGACGGCUUCGGCCGCGAAAGCCCUCAGGGCCCCUCUGUUGCAUGCAGCUGCGGCUGCGAUGACUUUGUCACCGCCAGCCUCAAGUCCCAUGGCAUUAUCUGGAGAGGGGUCUUCAGCCGUUCAUCAGGUGCAGCAAUACUUAUAUCUGGCAAAUCAUUUUGCUCCACGGGGGCCUCAUUGAGUCUUUCUAGAGACGGUCGUUUUUUGGCUUUAACGGACGGUUGCACGCUUCUUCUUCUCGACGCUGCGGCUGCUGCAAACGCUGAGGCCCCCACCCCUCACAGAGGUCAUCUAUCCUCAACGGUGGGGCUGCUGCGGGUCUCCGACUGCCCAACUACUCCUGGAGAGCCCUCUGGAAGCUCUCAGGGCGGGAACCCUGAAGGGCCUCCCGCUUACUUGGGGGAUAGCUAUCAAGUGUCGCUACUGACGCAUCCCGCAGCAGAAGGCCCUUCUGGGGUCUCUAGGCGCUGUGUGGCUGGGUUGCGAGGGGGCGGUUGUUUGUGCUUGGGGGUGACUACGAGAGACGGUGGUGUAUCACUGUGGUUACACAGGGAAAAGGAAGACCCUCUGCCUCAGGUUGCAAAACAUUCAGCGCGUUGGGUCUGCCUGCAGCGUCUCUGCCUGGCCGCCGAUUUGGGUGCCGAGUGGCGUCACCAGCGCACGAGAGACAAUGCACUUGACUCGCCACCAUUCGUUUUUCAUUUCCUGUACCGGAGAAAUGUAGACGGCAGCGUUGCCGAGGUGUUCAAACACCGCAUCCAGCUCAGUCGAUGCAAUUGGGUUGGGGAGUUGGAAGAGCCCCUCGUAGCUGCGCCUGCGGCUCCCAUCUGUUUCCCUUGUCCUUCUUUCUUGCCGCAAAGACAGGGGCAGCAAACAGCUGGCAGCAACCCCUGCAACAGUUCCGAAAGGUCUAGUAUUAGCAACAACAACAGCAACGACAGCAACAGCAGCAACAGCAGCAACACACAGACAAUGGUGGGACUCUUCAGUGGCUCUCUUGUCGCUGUGGCAUCCCAGAGCUUCAUCGCCGUCUUUCUUGUCAGCGGAUCGCAUCUGCAGCAUGCAAAGUGCAACCAGGGAUGCAGCAGUAGCAGUAGUAGUAGCAGCAAGGAUACAAGCAGCCGCACCAGCAGCAGUCGUAGUUGGCGUAGGCCCGAAACUGCCGCUGACAUACCGUACUCUUCGUCCUCUCCCUCACGGGCUUGUGUAUCUUUGGGGGGCCGUCAGCCUGCUGUUCCUGCUGGUGCUGCUGCUGGCGGUGGUGCUGGGGGUGGUGGUACCGCUCCAGGUGUCCCUUGUGGGGAGGAUCCCUCUCCUGUGGGUCCCGGUGGGCGACCCCUUCGAGCGGCAACGCGUCGCGCCAGAGCUGCUGUCAGUGCAGCGUUGGCUGGGGAGCUGUCUAGCGACGAAGGCGCAUUACCUCGAGGCGCGUGCAGGCCAAAGAGUGGGGGCCGCAAAGGGCGCUCAGCUCCGCCGAGGGGCCGCGGUGGACCAUCAGCACCCCGAAGCGCUGCUCGGAAUGAGGAGGCGGAGGCAGGAAGAGGGGAGGAGCCACAGGCAUGCGAGACAAACGGCAAAGUGAAGCUGCUGCAGGGAAGUCGAACACCACGCUCAACUGCUGCUGCUAGCCGCAGAGGAGGCCGCAGAGCUGCCGGGGCCGCCAUCAAUAGAGACGAAUUUGCUGAGUAUGCAGAGUUUGGCUCACUCUCGUCUACCAGCUUCGCCGCAUCAGAUCCCCAAAGCUGCAGUUCCAGCUCCCUGAGCCUCGCAAACAGCAGCAGCAACAACAGCGUCAGCAGCAACGAUGGCAGCGAUGCAGGUAGCUUGGCUUCUGAAGACGACGCGGCCGGGGGCCGCAGAGGCAAAAAAGUGUCAAAAGCAAAAUUGAAGAAGAGCAAACUAGCAGUUGCUGGUGGCGCUGAAAAUUGGAAUGCGGCAACACCAUGUGCAAGCUCGUUGCAGCAGCAGCAGCAGCAGCAGCAGAAAUGGCGCCUAGCAGCCGAUGCUGCCGUUGAGGCAACAGAAGAAGAGCGAGCUUCGGCGGCGGCUGGAUUGCUGCAGCCCUUGCUUUUGAUGGUUUUAGUUGUCCCCCAAUCCACUAUCACCAGCAGCACCAGCAGUAGCGAUAUCAACAGCAGCGGCUGUGGGUGGGCAACACCUCCAACGUUGUUGCAAGACACUGUAACAGAUAUGGCUGUGAGUAAUCCGCGGGUGUGCAGUAGCUCGAAGGCUGCGGCGUCAUCAGGGGUCCCUCCGGAAGGGUCCCCUCACAGGGGUCCCCUACCAGCUUCUCGGGGUUCGCAGGAGUCAGUUUGUUGUUCGUUUCAGUUGAUAGCUGCAGCAGGCAGCGGGGCGGUUUGGCUCUUUAGCUGCUCCUUUUUGGUGUGCUUGCAGCAGCAGCAGCAACUUGCGGAAAGCAGUGGGUGCAGGGGACAUCAUCACGACACCCCAGACUUUCUGCAGCCCUCCGCAAGGUUUUGCGUUGAGGCGAUAACUGUUGCGAAGCCGUUGCUGCUCUUCGGUCCUGUGGGAGGCCCCAGCGGCCUGCUACAGCUCGCUGAUGUUAGUGACGCCUUGCUGCCCCUAGCAGGAGCAGAAGGCAAACAAGCUGAAGCUCCGGCAACGGCGCACGCAGAAGCAGUUGCAAGCAGAUCGCUUGCAGAGAACGACCAGCAAGACCAUCACCAGCAGCAGGAGAAGCAAGAAAUGGCGCUCCUUAAUUGCUGGAGAGUUGCUGCGUUCGUGUGCGGCUCGCGUCUUCGUGCCGUAGUGAUGCGUACUUGCUGUUGUGCUGCUGGUGCUGCUGCUGGUGCUACUUCUGAUUCUGUUAGUGCUGCAGUCGGCUGCAGGCAUUGCUUGUCCGGCUCCCCAUGCUGCCGUUGGGGGGACGGAGAUUUAGAGGCCGAGGACACCCAGCCCGCCAUUUACAGAAUUGAGGUUCCCCUUUUUUCUGCCAGUUGGUCGCGCGUCAUCCAAGGGCCCGUUGUCAGUCUCUGUCUUCUUCCCACAGUGCCUCUUCAGCUGGCAGCGGCUGCGGCGCAGCAAGUGGCUCUUCUGCAAAGAGGAGACAAACCGUUCUUGAUGCUGUUAGCAGCUGUGAGCAAGGGAGCCCUGCUGCCUUUUGUGCUGUAUCCUGACUGCAACGGGCAAUUCCUAGACAGCAGCAACACCAGCUACUGUUGCAGGAGGAUGCACCUGCGGUGGGUGUUGGAGCCGCUGGCCCCAGUUACGUCCAUCCACCCCACGGGGCGCAUAGAGCAGCUGCUUAUGCCCCGAGCUGCUCAUUCGUUCAGAGCCCUUGCACCGGAGGCUUCAGAUGGAGGGCUUGCUAAGGUAGCAGCAAUUGCAGCCAAAUCAGCAGCAGCAGCAGCAGCGGCUCUAGUUACAGCUGCUGCAGCCGUCGAAGGGGCUAAAGAAUGCACACAUCCUGUGGACGAGCAGCAGGUGGUUGAAGGGACAGCGAUGGCAGGUUUACAUCAACACUGUUUGAUAGAGGAGGAGGAGGAGGAGGAGCAGCAGAAGCAGCCCCAGAAGCAUAACCAGCAACAGCAGCCCUACAUGUUGAAGGAAAACUGGAGAGAAGACGGGGACCCAUGGGGCAGUUUGUGCCCCCCGAGUGUAAAGGCACGCAGAUUGAACAGUCUCCUGAGCCGUCGUCUGCUCGUUUUGCUACCAUCGCCUUGCGGCUCCCUACUGUUUACAUUGGUGCAGCAGAACGAAGUGCACCUCCAAUUGGCAGUGGCCCCAUUAGCCGUCUCUUCUGCUGCAGUGUCUUUACUGUCUCUGGAAGCGCAGCUGUUAGGGCUGUUGCAGUCGGCACGGGCAGCAGGAGGAGGAUUCCAUGGCUUGCCGAACUCGAGGAACGUGCAUGGAGGUGCUGCGGCUGCUGCAGUCUCUACAACAGAAGCUGCGUACCUAACAGACGUAACAGCAAGAGCAGCAGCAGCCCGUUGCUGCGCAGAAUCCCAUGGGUUGUGGGCUCUCAGGUUGGCGUUACGGGGCCCCUUUCAGCGUUUUCUGUCGGUGCCGACUGCUCCCAAAGACGCCAUUAAACAUAGGAGACGUAUGCUGAGGGGGGGAGCGUCAAAAGACAAGGACAGCAGAGACACACAGGAGGCAAGGAAGCAUGGUGAAGACGAUGAAUUCUCUCUUGUAUCCGACUGGGAUACUGACAGCGCCGAGACAGCCGCUGCUGUUUCCAGUCGAAUCCCCACCAAUGGGGGGACGGGAGGGGACACUCUCUCAGCGGAGCCUUCACACGUGGUGGUCACUUCGGCUUCCCUCCUUGCUGAUAUGUUUCGAGAGUCGAAAGAGAAGCCUUUGUCUUUUCAUUCCUUGCAAGGCCCUUUUAAUCAAGGUGCAACAACUGGGGAGGAGCCUGCUGCAACUGCAGCCACAGCAGCAACUGCAACACCUGGCGGAGCAACAGAACGAGCAGCUCCAGAGGCGAUUCAUAUGGAGACAGGGGCUGCGGCAGUGCGGCGCACGCUGCAAUCUAUUUGGGAGUUGGCGCUGCAAGGAGGGGCUGCGAGAGACGACGCACUUAAGGGGGACAACGGUGGCCUGUGGUCGGCUCUCUUGGAGACAGCAGAGGCCAUGAGUCUCCUGCGCUUCUUGGAGCUUAGCCAACAACCUGCCAGGUGUGCAACAGCUGCAGCAACAGAAGGCAGAGGCUCACGCUGCGCAGAAGAGAGGCCUUCCAGCGCAGUGCUGCCCUCCAGCAGCGCAUAUUGUAAGGGUCUUGCAUCGUCUCUGUACCAGAGGCGCCUCAUAAUUGCUGCAGCGGCAUUGAGGCUGCGGCUAAUCUUUGCAGCUAUUAAGGGAGAAAAAUAUAGAGGGGAGGCUGCCCUUUUGCUCCUGCAGCAUAUGAAUGCACUCUUGGCAUGCCUGCUAAAGCGCAGCCGUGCUCCAAAUUGCGGGGCCUUCUUGAUGGCAGUGUCGCCGACCACAAGACAGCAGCAGCUGCUGCCUUUACUCCUUCUGCAGGAAUCGCUUCAUGCGAAACACCUGCUUAGGAGGGACAGCAACAGCAGCAGCACUAGCAGCAAUAGUGAGGCUUUGAUGCUCUUCGCAUUUGAAGGGACAGUCAGUGGCAGCAGCAGCCUCAGCGCCUUCCCGCCCUUUCAAGCAAUAACUGUAGAAGAAGACAGCAUGCAGGAACUUAUUAGGCGUUUCAGUGGAUUGGAUGUGCCCAGAGGCGCUGCUGCUGCUGAGGCUGUCAACUUAGGCAAAGCUUGGUUAAGCUUCUGCCCCCUGUGUCAGUGUGAAGGAUGCAGCAGCUCGCAGCCUUUUCGUUGCUACGUGUGUGCUACCUACGGUCACCGCUUCCCUGCUUGUGUACAGUGCCUGAGGUGUCUGUACACCGAAAGUGAAGGGGCUAAAGGUGCCCCUCUGCCUAAUUCUCGAUGCACGGGGGACGCCCGCGCAGAUGAGGGUGAAGAGGAGAUCCAAACUGCUGCUCCCUCCAUGCAGCACAGCAUUACUUUUUUCUACUGUUUCCUCUGUGGCGCAUUUGUCUGCGGAGGCGAAUGGCCUGAGCCGCAUGCAUCAGGCGGCUGUGGCUGUGGGCCGCGAGACGCAGCGAUCUCCCGCGGCGGCCGCUGCUGCCCGGCCUGCCGCGGGGCCCUCCGUCUCGCGCUAAGACACCAUGAACCAUCGAAGGUUUUUCCUAUGAUGCGCCCUUAUCUAUGUGCAGUGCAGCAGCAGAAUCAGCAGAGUCAAGACCAUCGACAGAGUCAGGAGGCGAGUGCUUCCCAAACCCCGACCAAACAGGCAGGGCAAAGGCCAAAAAGAUCGAGAGAAAUCAGCAAGCCCAGGAGGAGUGGAUUUUCUGAGCACAGCGAGACGGGGCUGCAAGAGCAGCAGCAGGAGAAGCUGCUGGUUGACCGCGAGGAAAGGCAGAACCAGCACCUACAGCAAGUGGACCUACAGCUGAAGCGGUUACAGCAACAACAGCAGAAAAAUUUGCAUUCAUACAGCACACCAAGCAACCAACGGCCUCAUGCCCUCGAUGCUGUUGCUAGGAUGAUAGCCACUCCGACAACCACGAGCAGCAGCAACACCAGCAGCAGCAACAAUGGCAGCUUUAGCACCUUGACAAGCGGAGGCAGCAGCGCUGUGCCCGAAGUGCAUCUGGAUUCUGUCGUGUUGCUGUCCAUUGCGGCACAUGCAACGCGCAUUCAGGUUUGGCAGCGCCAGCGGCACCAGCAGGAUAGCAUUCCUCUUGUCCCCGUAGUGGGCCUUCUGCUUGGGCCAUCCAAGGAGGACGGCGGCUUGGAUGCGAUCUCUGUAACGGAGUGCGCUGAGCUGCCCCUAUCUUUGCUUCAGCAGGAGACCAGCAGCAGCAGCCCCAGGUGCAGCUGCACCUGCUGCAUCAGUGGCAGGAGUGUAGUGCAGGACUCGGUGUUGUUGCGUCAGGCCCUCGAUAAGGCUUUGGUUCCUUUGGGUAUCUAUUUCUUCACAAAAUCUCCGGUGCAACAAGAACUGCCUCAUGCGGUCACUUCGCUGCUCACGCAGGCAAAGUGGGGUUCUGAUUUCCCCCUACUUGUUGUCUUCGAUUAUGCGUCGCACGGUGCUUCGGGUUUACAUAAACCACCUACGCAGUGCUUCGCUUGCCUGCCGAGCGGUAGCAGCGACGGCAGUAGCGGCCUCAGGGCGACCGCAACUGAAGCAGCUCCAGCGAGACUCCAACAACAAAUUGAGGCAUUUGAGUGCUGUGCAUGCGAGCCCCAUCCUGUGUUGUUACGCGAGGCUUUGGGUGUGUGCAAGCGACUUUGCCGACCCGAAGCGCCUACAGACACGGUACCAGACGACGCAGCUGCAGCGACGGCUGCCGCUGUUUCUUCUGCCGCGAUUGAUGACGAGUACUUCGAAGCCCUUGGUAUGACAGGAGAUGCAGGUGAAAACAGCGGCAACAGGAGCACCGCCGCUAUCUCAGCCAGCGUGAGGACGGUGCGGUCCCUGCAGCAGCUGCUUCAGAAGCUGUUGCCUUUGAGCAUUUGGGGCCCGCUUUUGCAAGAGCACCAGCGUGCGCAGCAGUCACAGCAGAAUCAGCAGCUACAGCCGGUUCGCCCGCGGCCAAAGUUUCCUUGCGCCCUAAAGGAGCAAGAGACCGAAACUGCUGCUAUGGCAAUUUUAGCGAAAGCUACGAUGGGUCUUGCUGCAGCACAUGCAACUGUUAUUGAGCACAGCGACACCGCAGCGGCGCUAAAGGCGAUGCAACAACUUCUUAGUGCGGAGACUGACAUCUGA